AUGUCAACAGCCAUUCGACUCCAUGUCGCCAUUCACACCAAACACGUCGUACGACUUCAGCGACGAGCGCCUUACAGUAUGCUCGCUUCCUUGAAGCGUAUCGUCAACAGAGCACCAGCCACUCCACCUACACCUGUCAAAGUACCAGACAUUCAAUUACAUCACGGCAAAAAGAGGAUAGACAACUUUUCAUGGAUGGAACAGCUGGAUCACCCUGAUCUCGUUGGUUACAUUCAAGCAGAGAAUGAGCAAGUAUUAUUGCGACCGAGGAUAUUUACAAAGCAGUCGAUGAGUAAGGCCGCGUUCCUGAAAAGAGCCGUUCUCAGUGAGAUGAAAAAGCGGUUACAUGUGCCCCGUAUGCAGGCACCAUUAUCCACCGUGGCGCAUGGAUACGAAUAUUAUUCAAGGACAUCACCUUAUGGCAUGGUCUAUCUCCGCAAGAAACUGGGAGAGAGCAAAGAGGAAGUGCUCCUAAACGCUGGGUUCCUAAGGUCACUCAACAUGUCGAUCCGUAAAGUGCUUUUAUCGCCUGACCAUAACAUUUUCGCCUACAACACCGAGACUGAAGGGAUGGAGUAUGGCGACUUGCAUUUGAAGGAUUUACACAAGGAGGCACAGGGAGAAAAGAAUGAAAUCCUUCAUGACGUCUUCAACUUUGUUUGGGCCAACAAUGAAACCGUCUACUAUACCGUGCCAAAUGAACAACUGAGACCUUACAGAGUGUAUGCCCAUCGGAUUGGUACAGCUCAAGAAGACGACGUGCUCAUAUACGAGGAGAUGGAUGAUACCGUAUUUGUUGAUAUCACAAGUACCAAGGACAUGAAAUACGUUACCAUCAACAGCAAUUCUCUUUCAUCUUCAGAGAUCCGGGUGGUUGAUGCAACCCAUGAUUAUGCGACAUCCACUCAACCUCGUAUCCAACUUGUUCAACCACGUGAAAAAGAUAUCGAAUAUUAUGUGGAUCACCACGAUGACACAUUUUACAUUUUAACGAAUGCGGAUGGUGCCACCAACUUCAAGUUAGCACGCAUGCCCGAUAAUAUGACUGGAAGGGAGCACUGGCAAGACGUGAUUACAAUGGCUGAAAACGAAAAGAUUGAAGAUGUGGAUGUGUUUCAGAAUCAUCUUGUGAUUUAUGGACGACGCGAUGGAUUACCAAUGAUCUUAUGUCACGACCUGUCAACUCAAGAGACAUAUCCAGUGGAGCUUCCAGAACGCUUUUGUGUGUUGCAACCAGGAACAAACUUGGAUUUUGACACUGAGAAGUUUCGAUUCUCGAUCCAUUCCCCAUUUGCACACGAAUCUACCUAUGACUAUGACAUGUCCUCCAGGCGCCUGACACCUAUACGCGUUCAACCCAUCCAUCGGUUUGAUAGAUCCAAAUAUGCAUGUACGCGAGUUUAUUCGACAUCGCAUGAUGGCACCAAAGUUCCUAUCACCUUGAUCCACCGAAAGGAUAUGGAAUUACAUGGGAGAAACCCUGUUCUUAUGCGAGGAUAUGGUGCUUAUGGCGUUUCAACCGAACCACAGUUUAGGAUUGAGAAUUUUCCAUUGCUAGAACGUGGCUGGGUGAUUGCCCUUGCUCAUGUGCGAGGUGGGAGCGAGCUGGGUCGCCAAUGGUACGAGCAUGGCAAGCUUGAACACAAGAUGAAUAGCUUUCAUGAUUUCAUAUCGGUUGCGGAGCAUUUGGUUAAGAGCAAAGUGACAAGCCCAGAGUAUCUAUCUGCCAUAGGAACAAGUGCAGGUGGCCUUCUUGUUGGUGCCAUGCUUCAUCUAAGACCAGAUCUAUUCAAAGCUUUGGUGUUACGUGUUCCUUUUGUGGAUCCUCUUUCAUCCAUGCUGAAUCCUGAGUUGCCGUUGACACAAGUGGAAUAUCCAGAAUGGGGCAAUCCAACCGACGACGCUAGUGCUUAUGAUCUCAUCCAAAGUUAUUCUCCAUACGACAAUGUUCAAGGACCAAGCGUACCUGCGACCUAUGUAACAGCUGGCAUGAAAGACCAACGAGUAGCCUAUUGGCAGCCUUUGAAAUUGGUCGCCAAACUACGCGACACGCUUCCAUCAUCAUCAUCAUCAUCGGUACUUCUCAAGGUGGAUCUCGACAGGGGCCAUUUUGGUGGUGGAGCAGAACAAGAAACACGACUAUCAGAAGUGGCAGAGCAAGUGGCAUUUCUCAUCUCGCGCGUACAAAAGACGUAG